AUGGGGGAGUGGACCAUAUUAGAGCGUCUUUUGGAGGCGGCUGUCCAGCAGCACUCUACUAUGAUCGGAAGGAUCCUGCUGACUGUGGUAGUGAUCUUCCGGAUCCUGAUUGUGGCAAUAGUCGGAGAGACUGUGUACAACGACGAGCAGUCCAUGUUUGUGUGUAACACCUUACAGCCAGGCUGCAACCAGGCCUGCUACGACAAGGCCUUCCCCAUCUCCCACAUCAGGUACUGGGUGUUCCAGAUCAUCAUGGUGUGCUGCCCCAGCCUCUGCUUCAUCACCUACUCUGUGCACCAGUCCGCCAAGCAGAAGGAACGGCGCUACUCCACAGUGUACCUCUCCCUGGACAAAGACCAGGAUUCCAUGAGAAGAGACGACAGCAAGAAGAUUAAGAACACCAUCGUGAACGGAGUCCUGCAGAACACAGAGAACUCCAACAAAGAGGCAGAGCCCGACUGCCUGGAGGUCAAGGACAUCUCCAGCUCAGUCCUGAGAACUACAAAGUCAAAGAUGAGAAGGCAGGAGGGCAUCUCCAGGUUCUACAUCAUCCAGGUGGUAUUCAGAAAUGCACUAGAGAUAGGGUUUCUGGUGGGUCAAUACUUCCUGUAUGGAUUCAAUGUCCCUGCGGUGUAUGAGUGUGAUCGAUACCCUUGCAUAAAGGAUGUGGAGUGCUAUGUCUCGAGGCCCACAGAGAAGACGGUCUUUCUGGUGUUUAUGUUCGCGGUCAGCGGCAUCUGUGUGGUGCUGAACUUGGCAGAGCUCAACCAUCUUGGCUGGAGGAAGAUCAAGACUGCUGUGAGAGGAGUGCAGGCUAGGAGGAAGUCCAUCUAUGAGAUCCGGAACAAAGACCUACCCAGGAUGAGUAUGCCAAACUUUGGGCGCACUCAGUCCAGUGACUCUGCAUAUGUGUAG